UUUUGAUACAAAGGUAAUUUACACAAAUAUAUUGUUUUAAAUUUUCAAUAAUCAUAAGCAGGCCUUUAUAUGUUUGGUUGAGAACCUUUUUGUUAUUUUUUUAAAGGUUUUUACAGAUUAUAACAUCACAGGAGGUGAUUAGUGGCUUUACAUGUCACAUAAUUGGAAUGUAGAUUCAGUAGAACAUGUAAUUAAUGAGCAUUUAGAUGAUUCAUUAUCUAGUUUGUGCAUAGAGAUAGAUAAUAAUAAUAAUUCAAAUUUUAAUAUGACUGAUACUUUAAUGGCUCUUCCGCUUUUUGAUAUUGAUCAUAAGCCCAUACUUUAUCAAUAUCAUCAACCAGAGCAAAUGAUUAGUAUAACUUUAACUGCUCCAACUUCCCCAGCUAUGAAAAUUGAAGAAGAAAGUUUAACAUAUUUAAAUCAGGGUCAACCUUAUGAGCUCAAAUUUCAAGGUAUUGGGGGAGGUUAUAAAAAUGCAAAACUAUUAAAAAGCUUUGUUAAAGUUGCAUUUCAUGAUAGACGAUUACAAUAUUGUGAAGAUAAACAAAUAAACUUAUGGCGUAUUGAUCAUCCCAUGGAACGUAUAUUAGAAGUUGAUACACCACUUUCAAGAGGCAUCAUUGAAGCCAAAAAUUUACCAUACAAUUUAAAUAUGAUUGAAAUUUCAUGGGAUCCAUUUAAAACAGCAAGUGUAUAUAUUAAAAUUAAUUGCAUAAGCACAGAAUUUACUCCUAAAAAACAUGGUGGUGAAAAGGGAGUUCCUUUUCGUUUACAGAUAGAUACCUACUCACUUGGUCAAGGUAGUUUUCAUCAAAUAUAUAGUGCAUAUUGUCAAGUUAAAAUAUUUAAGCCAAAAGGAGCUGAUCGCAAACAUAAAACUGACCGUGAAAAGUUUGAAAAACAGCCUCAUAUUGAUAAAUGUAGAUAUCAACCAUCUUGUCCUUUUACAAUAUUAACUGAAACUAAUUUAGAUUCUGAUUUUAUGUGUAAACCUCAUACAUCUACACCUGAACCUCCAUUUCUUCCAAGUGAUAAUAAAAAUAUAAUUGAAAGCUCAACUUCACAUCAUUAUAUAUUAAAACAAUCACGAUAUACCAAUGAUAUUGAUCCUGAUAUUAAGCAAUCUUCUCACAUUACAACUACCUCACACAUGCUUACUCAGAUGACACCUAAAAAAUUAUCCAAAAAUAUAAGCUCUCAACAAUACCAAAUAAAAAGCAUGCCUGAAAAACGCAGAGAUAUAUUUGAUGAUUUGUCACAUAAUGAGGAUGAUGAUGAGGAUAUUGGAAGGAUUCGAAAUAAUUCUAGCAAAAUGUUAGGUGUCAAAACACAAAUAAACAAAAAAAGAAUGAGUGAUGCCAAUAAUAUUAGCUUUGCAAAUGUUUACAAUAAGAAUGAGAAUUCUAAAUCAAUCAUAAAUGAAUCAUCAAUAAAAGAAUGUAUAUCAAAGGAUUCUUCUAGUAAGGUGACUAAAAACUUAUACUCAUGUAAUGCAAGUUCUCAUCAGACUAUGAUUAGUUUUAAAAGUGAAAUACCUUAUAAUAAAAUGAGUCGUUCUUAUUUAAAAGAAAAUAAUAUACAUAAUGAAUAUACAAAUGUUCAAGAAUUCAAUUCUCAGCUAUCUAAAUUAAGUGGAGCUCACACAUGCAGUAAUAUUAUAUAUAAUGAUUCUGAUCUCAAAUUUCUUAAUCCUAUAUUCACAAAAUUGAAAGAAUCAUCAUAUUUGAAUAAUAAUUGCUCAUCAAAUCAGAAUGAAAUAAGUGACAGUAUUUAUAACAUAGUUUCAUGUGAAAAUGAUUUAGAAUUAGAAUUUGAUGAUAAUAAUAAUUUAAAUCAUAACAAUCAAUACAUUCCAAGUAAUUAUAAUAAUAACUACUUAAAUAAUAGCUCUCCUUAUCCACAGAUAUUACCAAAUGAUGCACCUUCUUCAGAUACUGCUAAUUGGUUGGAAACCAAUAAUUUUUCUUCUUUUAUAAUAAAUAGCUUUAGCACAUUUUCAGCCUUAGAUAUGAGGCGGCUGUCUAGACAGGAUCUUAUUGAAAUAUGUGGUGUUGCCGAUGGAAUUCGACUCAACAAUGCUUUACAAUGUGUACCACCCAGACCUCGCUUAAUUUUAUUUGUUUCCCAACAAUCAUCAAAAUUGAGUGAAUGUGAUAAUUCCACUAUUAAAAUCCCUAAAGAUAAGUUAAUUGAUGACCCAGGCUCAAAUUCAAGAGGUGCAUUAUCUUCCUCGCCAGCCUCAUCAAUUCAAGCACCGACAUCAGAAGAAAAUAUCAAAGACGACGAAAAUAUAUUUAUUGGAUUGUUUUUAACUGAACCUACUCAGCGAGAACUUUUCGAUAAGUUGUGCGAGAAUUUCGGUGUUGAAAAAUUCGAAAAAGUUACACAAAUAUUUUUGAUGCAACGGGUAAUUAAUUCACACACGAAUAAAAAUAAUGAAUUGAUCAAUGAAAUUGAUACAAUUAAAUACAUUAAGAUAUUGAUAAACGACAACGUUGUUCAAAAUAUGGCGGAUGGUUCUAGAUUUUUAUUCUCUAUUAUUAAUGCAGACGAUAGUGAUUUUAUUUAUUUAUACAAAUAUGAAUGAAUGCGAUUGUGUUCUUUUUUCUAUUGAAACUUUUUUGUACAUUUUUGAUAUCUGGAUGAUUUAAUUAUAUCAAUGCAAAUCUUAUAUUUAAUAAGUUUUAUAAAAUUAUAUAUAACAAAAAAAUAUGUUUUUUAAAUAUUACAAUAGUUUUAUUUGUUGAUUUUUUACCAUGUUAGAAUGGUGAGCAAGACUAUAAUGACCUUAAAUUCAGUUUUUACCACUACCAUUUCUCUAUUGAAUGAAUAAAUUAUAUAAUAAAAAUGCGAAAGAAGUUCUAUGAUAUAAAAUAUUGCUUUAUACUUUAUCUAAAACGAAUUAUUUGAUUUAUUUUGUAAAUACAUAUUUAAAAAAAUUGAAUAAUAACCUUUUUAUAGGCGUAUCCAGGAUUUUCUUAUAGGGUGAAAACACUGUGAGGCGUGUUUUCUAUCAUAAACUUUAUUGGAGGUCUUUAGAUCUAAUUAUUGUUAGCCUUUGGCUAUAUUAUAUUUUUAUAUAAAUAAUUUUGGGUUUUCACUUAUUUCUUAAUAAAAAUUCUUUUUUUCUAAAAAUUUUGAAUUAU